AUGCCCCCCAAUUCCAAAAUGAGAAGCCGACCACAAGUCUACCCACGGCUAGCCUUCCACGUCGUUCGGGCAAUUGCAUUCAUCAGUGCCUCCAUCGUCACGGCCAUCCUAGUCUACUUCUGCAUCCAACUUAAGCAUGACGGCUAUAAACUCCCAUGGACAUUCAUCAUUGUCCUCGCCUCAACCCUCCUAUCCCUCAUCACCCUCCUCAUCUCCAGCAUGAUCUACGCCUGCGCCUUCCUCAACCCCCUAGUGAACAUGCUAGUCAACAUUCCCAUCGCACUGAUCUGGACCGCCGGCCUCGCCCUCCUCACAUACAACAUGUACGGCACGCUAGGCCACACCUGCUCAGCCACCAACUGGGCCUCGUCCGACGGCAUGAUGAUCUGCCGCACAUACAAGGCUCUCUACUCGUUCGCCGUGUUCGGCUGGCUCGCCCAGAUCGCACUGGUCGUGCUCGACGUGCGCAGUCGUCGCGCUCAAACCGCGCUCGGCAAGUACAACAAGAUGGAUCUGGACGCCAACGCCUCUGCGAAGGACGUCAAGUUGGACAACCUCAAUUGUACGAGCACGAGCACACUCUCGCAUUCGCACUCGCACUCGAAUUCGCAGGACAUACCGUAUGGAGUCCCCGAGUACCGUGAGAACGGGUAUUCGAGACCUGCGCCGCAGCAACAACAGCAGCAGCAACAUCAACAUCAACAGUGGACAAGUGACCGUCUAAGGAUGGCAGAUUAUAACGACACCCACGGCAGAUUCAACCAGCAGACCGGGUAUGCGAAUAACGGGUACGGUUAUGAACCACAGCGGUGA